GAAUGGCUUUUGAAACACUUUCUAGUUUGAAACACUUCAGCGGAGAGGUGGUAGAAGAAAAGUUUCUCACUUGUUCUAUCUGUCUAGAAAAGUUCAAAACACCAAAACUUCUGCCAUGUCUCCACACCUUUUGUCUGAAAUGUCUGAAGGACCAUGUUGACCGUUCUGGCAGGGACGGUUCGUUCCCUUGUCCCAACUGCAGACAACCCACUGAUGUUCCCACCAACACCAACACGGGCUUCAAGACCAACUUCUUCAUGAACAGUCUGCUGGACUUCUUCGCUGACACUGAUGCCGGUCACACUUGUUCAUUUUGCUUGUCCACAGGAAAAACAGUAAAAGCCGUGUCCAAAUGUAUCGACUGCUCGGAUUAUUUGUGUGAAAAAUGCACCGGGGUCCAUGGAAUGACACGACAGACUGUCAAACACAAAGUCAUUUCUAUUGAUCAACUCGUCAGAAGUGGAGUAGAUGAAGAAACGUCGGCGAAGGCGGGAUUCCCGUGCUCGGAACAUCCUGAGGAAAACGUUCGCUAUUACUGCACUGUUUGUGAGAAACCAGUGUGUCGAGAUUGCAAGGCAUUAGAUCAUCACCAGCACCAGUGUAUUGCAUUCCAGGAGGCUGCCAAAGAACGCAAGCCAUGGAUGAAAGAGUCACUGUCCUUUCUAAAGGAUGAGUUAGAAGAUAGUAAUAAAAGGAAGCUUUUGGUCAUUGAAGGCAGGGAAAAGGGAAAGACAUAUUCUGAACAGUAUGUCCAGGAAAUUGAGACAACAUACAGCGAAGCAGUGAGGUAUUUGGAGUCUCUUAAGGAUGAAGCUAUCAAACAGAUCAGCGAACAAAGUGCUACAUUCUAUAAACAGAUGAGGGCGGAAGAAGAAGAUGUAGACAUACGCUGUACACAGAUCAAAAGCUUUCGGGAAUAUCUGACGAAUGUUCUAAACGUGGGAACCGAUGUGGAGAUUUUAGAGACGUACUCCUUGGCCAGAAAGCAGAAUCUUUGUCCUGAGCAGUCCUCAGUACCUAGGGCGCGAAAGAGGUACAGACAUGAACAAAGAAAACCGCAGCUUGUUCCACAGGGGAUUCAACUCGUCGCAAAAGGUGACGUUUGGAUCAGUACAUUACAGAACUUUACCUCCGCUGUAUACAACAGCCUUGCGGAUUUCAUAAACGCUGGUGUGAGCUACAUGAGCACACAGAGGCAACGAAUCCUAUACAAACAAUAUAGAGUGUAA